GGGGCCGGCUGGAGCGAUGCGGCUGCCCGGUGAGGGGCCGCCGGCCAAGCGGCCGAAAGCGAUGGUCCCGGCGCGCCCUGCCGGGCAGCCCCGCGGGCCGCCGCCCGUCGAGCAGCAGCGCCGCAGCCUGCCCAUCUUCCCCGUGCGGGGCCGGCUGCUGGGCCACAUCCGCGGCCUCGACAGCGCCGUCGUCAUCGGAGAAACGGGCUCGGGGAAGACCACCCAGAUCCCUCAGUAUCUCUACGAAGCAGGAAUUGGCCGCCAAGGCACCAUCGCUGUGACCCAGCCUCGGCGAGUAGCAGCGAUAGCCUUAGCUACCAGAGUCUCAGAUGAGAAGAAGACAGAGCUGGGAGGCCUGGUUGGCUACAGUGUCCGCUUCGACGACCUGACAUCUGAUGAAACCAGAAUCAAGUUUUUAACAGAUGGAAUGCUGCUUCGGGAAGCGAUUGGAGACCCCCUGAUGCGGCAGUACAGCGUUGUCAUCCUGGAUGAAGCACACGAGAGGACGAUCCACACCGAUGUGCUCUUUGGAGUGGUGAAAGCUGCACAAAAGAAACGAAGGCAGCUGGGCAAGCUGCCACUAAAAGUGAUUGUCAUGUCAGCAACGAUGGAUGUUGACCUGUUCUCCGAGUACUUCAAUGGAGCUCCUGUUCUCUAUUUAGAAGGCAGGCAGCAUCCCAUUCAGGUCUUUUACACCAGACAGCCUCAGAGUGAUUACCUGCAAGCAGCACUGGUGACAGUCUUCCAAAUCCACCAGGAAGCACCCGCUUCUCAGGACAUCCUGGUGUUUCUGACUGGUCAGGAAGAAAUCGAAGCAAUGACCAAAACCUGCCGAGACAUUGCCAAGCAUCUCCCUGACGGCUGCCCACAGAUGAUGGUGAUACCUCUUUAUGCUUCUCUGCCCUACUCUCAACAACAUCGCAUCUUUCGGGCUGCCCCUAAGGACUGUCGCAAAGUGAUCCUGUCCACCAACAUCGCAGAAACCUCCAUCACCAUUCCAGGAAUAAAAUACGUUGUGGACACAGGCAUGGUCAAAGCAAAGAAGUACAGACCCGAAACUGGUCUGGAAGUGUUGGCAGUCCAGUGGGUGUCAAAGGCCCAGGCCUGGCAACGCACAGGGAGAGCAGGGCGAGAGGACAGUGGGAUCUGUUACCGGCUCUAUACAGAGAAUGACUUUGAGAAGUUGAACCAGAUGACAGUACCCGAGAUACAGAGGUGUAACCUGUCCAGUGUGAUGCUUCAGCUCCUGGCCCUGAGAAUUCCCAAUGUACUCACCUUUGACUUCAUGUCCAAACCAUCUCCUGAGGCUAUUCAAGCAGCGAUUGAGCAGCUGGUCCUGAUGGGAGCUGUGGAACGAAAGGACAAUCAGCUUGUCCUGACCCCCCUGGGAAGGAAGAUGGCAGCUUUUCCACUGGAACCAAAGUUUUCUAAGACCAUCCUCCUGUCCCCCAAGUUCCACUGUACAGAGGAGAUCCUGACCAUCGUGUCACUGUUAUCUGUGGACAGCGUCCUCUACAAUCCCCCUGCUCGGCGGGAUGAAGUGCAGUCUGUCAGGAGAAAAUUCAUCUCCAGUGAGGGGGAUCAUCUUACCCUGCUCAGCAUUUACAGGGCCUUCAGGAAUGUCAAUGGCAACAAGGGAUGGUGCAGAGAGAACUUCAUCAACAGCAGGAACAUGAUGCUUGUGUCAGACGUCAGAGCUCAGCUCAGAGACAUCUGUGUGAAGCUCUCGAUGCCGAUCGAGUCCUCCCGCUCGGACACCGGGAACAUCCGCCGCUGCCUGGCCCACAGCCUCUUCAUGAACGCCGCGGAGCUGCAGCCGGACGGCUCCUACCGCACCAUGGACUCCCACCAGGCAGUGGCCAUCCACCCCUCCUCUGUGCUCUUCCACUGCAAGCCAGCCUGCGUGGUGUACAACGGGCUGCUCCACACCAACAAGUGCUACAUGCGGGACCUGUGCGUGGUGGACGCGGACUGGCUCUAUGAGGCAGCGCCUGACUACUUCCGCAGGAAGCUCCAAGUGGCCAAGAGCUGAGCUGUGGGUCUGGCACCAGCAGGUCUGGGGGUUUUAGGACUGGUUUUGGGUUUGUAAUGAACGGAUGGGAACGGUGGAGCUUUGCCUAGGUCAAAACCUUAGAGGAAAAGUGCUUCGUGAGAGACAGACCUCACAAGAGUCUGUGGCUUAGAACAAUCAUCCUUUUAACAGGUGAGCUCUAAAAGAGGAGUGUGCUCUGU